UAUUGCCCAGGCUGGGCUCAAGCAAUCUUCCUGACUUAUCCUCCCAAGCUGCUGGGAUUACAGAUGCAAACUACUGCACCUAGCUACCUAGUCUUUAAAGUCAAGUCCCUGAGCUUUCCUGAUUUCCUAUCACCUUCUCCCAUUAAAUGCGAUGUGAUUAUUUAUUCCUUUGAAAUCUCUUAUAAGUAUUUAUCCGUGUCUCUUAUGAUACUUGUGACAUUUUUACUUUUGUAUUCUUUGCUUGCCUAAUGUGCCUACCUCUUCCUUUCUUAGACUGUAAAUUUCUUAAAAGUAGGGGACCAUCUUGCUCAUCUUGAUAAUUCUUGUAGCACUUAGUAUAGUACUUUUCUCAUUAGAGCCUUUCAAUAAAUGUUUAUUAUAUUUAAUUAAUUUGUACUCUGGCUUCUGACCACUCCACUUUCCUGAGACUAUAUUCUUAGAGAUAACCAGGGAUUUCCAAAUUGCCAAUAUCAGUAACCUUUUUCUCAGUUCCCCUUUUCUUGAGCUCUCUGCAGUAGUAAAUAGUGUUAUCACCUGCCCCCUUAAAACAGUAUUUAAUACUGUUAAUCACCUGCUCUUACUUAAAACUCUUGUUCUCCACAGCAUAGCACUGUCCUAAUUCUCCAUUCCUAUGAAUCAUUUCCUGUCAUUGCUGGUACCUUUUCCCAGAGGGAAAUGAUCAUGACCAUUUUUCCAGGGUCAUUCCUCCAACUCUGAUCUUCUCUUUUUAUAUUUUCUCUAUGUUGGAAACCACAUCUAGGUCUUAUCAUUGUUGGCCCUGAGGUCAUUCUUAGACUAGGAUCUGUGACUCCGAUCUCUUUUCUUACUUGAAGCAGGUCCUGGGGACUCAACACAUCUUUAACAGUCACUUCCCCUAGUUCCUUGGAGUUCUCCCAAGCCUUGCAGUAUUGUCUCUUCACUGUCUUUCAGCAAGCAACCCCUGAAAACGAGGCCCUUUUCAGUUUAAGGGUUUUUAUUGCUAAUAGAUAUAAGGAAACAGAUUGAGGAUUAUAAAACAGCAAAAGUGGGAAAAUAACAAAGCUUAAAAAAUUCUUAUAGAUAUUAUCUGAAAGUCCUGAUAUUCUGCCCUUGGUUUUUAUUUCUAGGGGUAGGACCCAUCAAAUCUCUCCCUUCUUUUUGACUUCACCUUUGGAUACCAUCAAGGCCAGAGGAUGGAACAAAGAUAACAUAAAAUAGAAUGUAUGCUACAAGAAGGCAGGAACCUUGCUUGUUUUAUUCAUUGUUGUAUCCCUAGCUCCUGUUACAGUGCCUGGCACAACAGCAAGUACAUUGCUUCAACACAGAGACCUGACGGGACCUGGCGCAAGCAACGGAGGGUGAAAGAAGGCUAUGUGCCCCAGGAGGAGGUCCCAGUGUAUGAGAAUAAAUAUGUGAAGUUUUUCAAGAGUAAACCAGAAUUGCCCCCAGGGCUGAGCCUUGAGGCCACUGUUCCUGUCACCCCAUCCAGGCCUGAAGGUGGUGAACCAGGCCUUUCCAAGACAGCCAAACGCAACCUGAAGCGAAAGGAGAAGAGGCGGCAGCAGCAAGAGAAAGGAGAGGCAGAGGCCUUGAGCCGGACUCUUGAUAAGGUGUCCCUGGGAGAGACAGCUCAACUUCCCGGUGCUUCACAGGGCUCCCGGCCAGCCCCUACAGCCACCUCUGACCAGCCUGACUCAGCUAACACCACCGAGAAAGCCAAGAAGAUAAAGAACCUAAAGAAGAAACUUCGGCAAGUGGAAGAGCUGCAGCAACGGAUCCAGGCAGGGGAAGUCAGCCAGCCCAGCAAAGAGCAGCUGGAGAAGCUAGCAAGGAGGAGGGCGCUGGAAGAGGAGUUAGAGGACUUGGAGCUAGGCCUGUGAGGCCUUUGGGAAAUAGGAAAUGGACUGCAGAACAAACCAUGGGGUUCUCUGGGGCUGGCAGGAUGUGGACGGCAGCAGUCAGGAGGGGUAGCCCCCAUACUGGCUCACUUCCACCUCUUGCAGCCCAACUUUGUCCUCCAGAGCCUGACCUCUCCCUCAUUCCUUCUCUUUUCUCCCCAGCUCCUAUUUUUUGGACUUGCCCUCUCCUAUCCCCAGUGUUCAAAAUCUCAGUGACUACCCCAGGUAUCUUUGCUGCUGAUUUGGGUUUCUUGUUUAAAAGAAAAUCGGGUGGGUGGGAAUCUCUCAGAGAACUAAGGUUGAGGGUAGAGGGAGUAUGCCCAAGUCUUGGAGGCUUGGUUCCUGUUCACAGUGUUCAUGGGUUAUUUCCCUCUCCGUCCCUCACCUUUUUUUUUUUUUUUUAUUUUUUAAAGAACAAGAAUAAACUCAAGUAGACAACA